AAGGGGCCGCGGUGUUUUCCUGAGAAAGGCCUGUCUUCUCCAGAUCGACGUAUCCGGCCAACGACUGUGUAAUGGCUGUGUCAUACGACUCGACGGCACCAUGGUCUUGUCUGCGCAUCUGCUCGCCGACAUGGGCGAGCCAUCUCUUCCCCGAAGGCCGCCUUUGCGGCUCUUGGGACUUCGCAAACCGCCCCAUGUCCUCAACCUUUUUUUCCUUCUCCCGGCUCGCUGUGGGCCGGCUAAGCCUAGCCUCUUACGUCUCUCGCACCUCGUUCCGACGAGAACAUGAGGCCAGCCGCCUCGUCUGCGACGCUUCUGUAUUAUGAGGCUGAACGGGAGCCGACUAAAAAUAGCGGGCGACGUGGGAAAAGAGGAAGAGGGGGGAGAGAAAAGGAAAAGAAAAACGGUUCUCUGUGCUGUGUGCCUACCGUCCGGUCGAGGAGCCUUCUUUUCUGCCGAGUCUGGCAAAACUCGGAGGUGUUCUCUUUUCUUGGUCUAUAUCAAAUUACGUCCGUCCUGUUAUAUCACGACCCCUGCCCAACUAUUCCCAAAGAGUUGGUGUGGCCAUGGAUCUCUUCUAGCUCGGGCCAGUCCCCUUCCCCUAGUCGCUUGGUCUAAUCGGUUUCUGGCUACCUCUUCUGACAUGCUAUGUACCCGAGACCCAUCCAAACCUCCGCUGCUCCCCCAUACGCUCACCUCUGUCGUACCUUGCCGCGAAGGCUUGACUGUUCCUCGCAACACAUCAUCGACGAGCAGAUGUAACCCUCCGAACCCUGCAAUGGUAAAUCCUAGUAGAGCCUGCCCGCCGGUCCCUGUCGGCCCUGUCUUGCCAGGCUCUUUUCCAGCAAGCCAAGAAGGACCUCGCACACCAAAUUUCUCCUGUCCAGUUCACAGACGUGGCCAGGCUUGUAUCAAGAAGCCCGGCUUAGCUCCUACCGUCGAUCCGAGCCUGAGCCAGCCUGACCUUGUUGAAUGAUCAGAAGUCGGACUGUCCAUGGACGAGUCCAGAAAGCGCGCUUCCUUAUAUCUCUUGGUUGCCUGCACCGCCCCUCCAUUCACCUGCCUUUUUCCUCCCCUUCUCGCCUCGCUGCCCUUCUUCACCCUCCGUUGACCAAACCAUUCCACCACUAGUCGCUCCUUUUUUUUUCUUUCCUAACCCUUAUAACAUCUAUUAUUGCCACUCUGGUCUAUAACGCUGGGAGCUGGCUCUCUUCCCACCCGAACCAGCCCGUCUAUGUGAGCAGGCAAGCAACGACUAGCCAAUCUCACGAGUUG